AUGAACGGCUACCAAGAACUGAUAGAUCGGCAAGAUGCUGAGGCGAUUGCACAACGCCUGAGAACAGACCAAGAGCUUUGCAAAAACAACAGACUUCCCAGCAACCUUGCUAUACAGCUAUGCUUCGCCCCAAGCACGCUACUUGACCUGGUAGCAUGGCAUAUCACGCCACACGACCAGGUAUCAAAAGCUUUGCGGAUGACCAGGUGCAACGGAAUCAUCAAAGGCAUCAAAUCAUACCUGAAUCAACUGGAGAGCAAAUCAGGGGAAGAGGAUGCAAUCAAGGAUACUUUUCACAUCCCCACAGACAGCGAGUUGGAAACAACGCUGAAGGUGCUUGACUAUCUUCAAAAACACAAGUUGGUGUCGCAGAGCUCUGCGACAGAUCCAUUAUCGGAUGUGAUUCUUACUGUGAAGGCGCAACGCUCUAUGGAUGACAUCAUUCGAACUGCACAACACAGAAAACUCCGAGGGGAGGAACAGAGUCGGAAGGCUAAUGAAAAAUCACGUUGCUAUAUCUGUCGUUAUAAAUUCUCUACCAGAGAUGCCCACGAAUUAUAUCCCUCACUGUGUCGUCAGUGCGGCAUGUUCAAUGUCGGAUGCUCAGAGCUUUCAUUGCCUGAUAAGUUGAGCCUCACAGGGAAAUUCGCUCUUGUUACCGGUGGAAGAAUUCAUCUUGGUUACGCCACUGCGUUGAGAUUACUCCGUUGUGGUGCCAAUGUUAUUGUUUCGUCUCGGUAUCCUGCCGAUGCAGCCGCGCGGUACGCAAACGAGGUCGAUUAUGCCAAAUGGAACUCGAGGUUGAAGGUUGUUGGGGCCGAUUUCAGAGCUGCAAAGGAUGCUUUUCGUCUUGUCCACAUAGUAAAGCAAUUACUUCGUGACUGGGAAUGUGAAAAAGAGACCAAGACUCCUCAAUACCUGGAUAUUCUGAUCAACAAUGCCGCCCAAACUUUGACAGAUCCGAUCAAAGCAGAGAUCAAAGCGAUCGCAAAAGAGGAGCAGCUCCGAGACCGUCCCGAAACACGGUAUUUACUUGCAACCACAAGCGAAGAGUACCGACCGAGAGUUCGAGGAGGUGCUCAAGCCUCCUGGGUCCCCAGCAUCGAAAGCAACAAGUCACAGCUUUACAUUGAAAACGUGGAACCGCAUGACGACAACGAGAACGGAACCACACAAAAAGGUCUCCGAACAAUCGACGAUACAGACUCUUCGAAGUCCUCCUGGGUCCAGUCUCUCUACGAAAUCCCAUACGAAGACUUGAUAAGCGCACAUUCCGUCAACGCAUUCGUCCCUUUGAUUCUAUGUCGUGAACUUCUUAAAAGCAUGGGCUCAGACCGACCACAUCGAACCCUGUCACCAAGCGGAUACAUAGUGAAUGUCUCGUCUCGUGAAGGCAUCCUCGAGGACAUACCCGGCUCCCGGAGUAAAGCCGGUCAUCAUGUCCACACGAACAUGUCAAAGGCAGCUAUCAAUAUGAUUACCGAGACGGAGGCACAGGACGCGUGGAAGGAACGUCGCGUUGCUAUGAAUUCAGUUGAUCCAGGCUAUAUGAGUGCUGCACCAGAGUGCCAACGGGCUGAGGGCUGUCCGAUUGGGUUUGAGGAUGGUGCUGCGAGGGUUUUGUGGCCUAUUGCGAUUGGUGAAUUGGAGGGCAGGGUGAUUUCAGGUAGAUUUUUGAAACAUUUCCAGGAGGGCAUUUCUCUUACUCGACGGGGAUGA